AUGAAAAGUAAAACAAUAACAAUGAUGAUUGAUAUUGAAUAUGAUGAAAUGAAUAUGUAUUUAUAUAAUGUAAAUAAAUAUGAAAGAAUUGAUAGAAUGAAAUAUUUAAAAGAAGAAGAAAAGAAAAUAAUUGAAGAAAUCAUUUCCAAUGAUAAGAAGAAUGUGAAAAUUAGAAAAGAAAAUAUUAAAGGAGUAGAAAUGAUGAUUAAACCAGAAAGUAAAUUAUCAAUGGUAUUCAAUAAUAUUAAGAAAACACAAAAAAGAUUUGAAUAUAAAGAAAUCAACGAAGAAACAUAUAUUAAAACAAUAAUAGAAAUGAUAGAAAAAGAAGGGAAUGAAGAAGAGAAAUGA